AUGACUAGCCAAGCUGAGCAGCCGCAGGCUUGGAGCCGGAGGGUGCCACGUCUCAUACGCGAGCAACCAUGGCCCAGGAAUAGCUCAUACCCCUCGUUUCUGGGGGGAGAACGGGACCCUCCCCCCUCGACGCUCGGCGCCGGUGUCUCUCCCUGUCUCGAGUCGAGCUCGGCGUUCUCCAACUCGGAGACCAGUGGCUUGGAUCGCCUUCAACGCCCCCCCAACCCGGCGCCUCAGAGUCGGCCAGGCUCCGCCCCUGAGAUAGGACAAUCCGACAAGUGCCUGCCCACCACUAUGGUGCCAUCUCUUACGCCAUCCCUGACUUCGACCAGAACAUGCGCGCCAAGCCAAGCGAGUCAAUCCAGCACCUCCCCGCGCAGUCUGGGGCCGCCAGACAUUGCCUACCUCCGGUACAACCUACGGAGGAACCACAUCUUCGUCGAGUUGCUGCCGAACGAGCUCCCGCAACACGUCCGAGACCACAUGGCCGAGAUCAGGCACAAACGCUGCAGCAAAACCCCUGAUCUCAACGGAGACGAUAUGGCUACGUAUCUGCGCCAGCGCCAGCGCCUGGACUCGGGAUACCGAUACCAACCGCGGGAUCUCACCCGGCUGUUAGUCCGGUGGUUGCUGCCUGACGCGUUCUGCGGAGAGACCGGCCUGGCGUGUGCCCUCGGGGUCCCGAUGUCGGCCUACCUCACCCCCAAGCAUCCCAGCGCCCCCGCGGAUGCCACGGUAUGUCGGCCGAGGCCUGGCCUGCUGUACGGCUACACCAGCAUCCCAGACGAGGCAUGUCCCUUUACCAAGUCGCAGCUCAUUGCCCAGCGAGCCCUGGAUCAGUAUCCGGGCCAGCGCUUCGUCGAGUCCAAUCGCGCGGGGCUCCAGUUCCCCUUCAUCUGCUUCGAGAUUGCUGCGACGUGGUGGCUGUGGCCGGCCAUCAACCGGAACGCGGGCACUUCGGCAGCCUGCCUCAACGCGGUCGAGAGGCUGAACGACGUGCUGAGGCAGAAGGCGGAAGAGACUGGCCAGCCGGCGGCGGCGGCGGCGGCGGCGACGGUCGACAACCUCGUGUACUCCGUUGUGGUGUACCGCACUUCCGCGAGACUCUACGUGUCGUGGAAGCCCGCCGACCGUCCGGACUCGUACCGCAUGCACGAGGUCGGCCGGUACUGGCUGGCGGACGAGGCCGAGGUCAGGCGGUUCCGCCGUCGCGUGCAUAACAUCUUCGACUGGGGCAUGGGUGAGCGACUCGCGCAGAUCAGGAACGCCCUUGAUGUCCUCUCUUCGGAGGAAAAAGGGAGGUAG